GAUAGGGCCUCUGUGCUGGUUGUGCCACCACUGGAUUCAUCGUAAAAAAAUAAAAUAAAGAAAAAGUGCCAGUAGACUGGAGGACCGAAAAACAAUUCCCAACGCAUUAACCGUGGGCGAGUAUUUCGACUUUAGCUGACGGCCCCCGACAAUUAGAUGUAUUCCAAGUUGUAGUGCCACGCCUCCCGCGAGUCCCCGCCCCUCUAAAUCGAUAAAACAGCGAUAAAGUUAACAAAAACAAAAAGAAAACGAAAAGAAGAGCGAGAUGGCUGGCCAACAGCUCGUGGCCCUUCUAAAUCCCAAUCCGAAUACCCCGAAGGCCCUCUACGACCUGUCGCUACAGGCCCUGAUCGGGAGUAUGAACACCAAGGUUCCGGCGCUGGACAGGAUCAGCCGACUGGCGGAACUGCCGCGCAACCUGCUCAUCGAUGUCUACGAAAUGAUGUCGCAGCAGGAGUCCUUGAAGGACACGUUGCUGGAGGAGUUAGCCCAGCUGGAGGUGUUUUCGCGACUUGUUCGCUACUCGGCUGCCCGCAGCAAGUUGCUGCGCAUAAUGGCCUCCCUUAUGGCCAGCAAAAAGAUGCUGGCCCGGCGACUCAGCGAAAACUAUGUUUCGCGCUAUGGGAGCCCCGGUCAGGAGGACGAACUGAAUCAGGAAGCGGUCGAGUCGGACAAGCACCGGGAUCAGGGACCACUUGAUCGCUCACCCGAUCCCAGCAAGCUGCACAUUUACGACGGGGAGACAUCUGAUAGCACUAGUGCCAGUUGUAGCGAACUCAUGACCAUACAAGUGGACGCCGAAACCCAACAAUCCCAAACCACUAGCACUAGUGCCAGUUGUAGCGAACUCCGUAGCCAAUUCAUUACCAUACAAGUGAACGCCGAAGCACAACAAUCCCAAUCCCAAACCGAACUCAGCGUGAUUAAUAACUCGGCCCUUGAGGAGUUGCCCGCCGUUGAGAUGCAGGCCAUCGACAUGGGCUUGCGCCUCGGAUCGUUCCUUUCGGAGGCUGGAUGGAUGCAGGAGAGCAUAUUCGUGCUGGCAUGCCUCAAUGGAAGACUGAAGCGUCUGCCGCCUCACAAACACUGGCUGGAGAUGCGUCUUGACUGUCUACAGCGCCUCCUGUACGCAGAGUCGGCGCAUUGUAACUUCAAGCUGGCGCAACGCACCUACGACGAACUGAUCGGCUUGAACAGAUCGCUCAAUAGCCUUGUGCCCGCCCAGCUGGUUGCCAUGGCCUACACCCAGAUUUCGGCCAUGUACUUUGCCCGCAACGAGUACAACUACAGCCACAUGUGGAGCGGUCUGGCCAUGCGAUUUCUGAAGAGAUCUGCAACACCGCGCAUCACCAUCGACGUUCUGCGUCAGGCGGCCAGGGCCUGUGUCGUCAAGCGGGACUUUGCCAGGGCCAAUCUGCUCAUCUGCCAGGCGGUGCGACGCGCUCGCAAACACUUUGGACUUAAGCAUCAGAAGUACGGCGAUGCCCUGCUGGACUACGGAUUUUUCCUACUCAACGUGGACUCUGUGUUCCAGUCGGUUAACGUCUACAAGGAGGCGCUGGCCGUACGUCGUGGAAUCUUCGGCAACAUGAAUUUCCACGUGGCCAUCGCGCACGAGGAUCUGUCGUAUGCCUACUAUGUCCACGAGUACAGCACGGGUGACUUUAGCUGUGCCCAGGAUCACGUCGACAAGGCGGUUAAUAUCAUGAAGAAUCUAGUGCCCAGCAAUCAUCUGAUGUUGGCCUCGGCAAAGCGCGUUAAGGCGCUGCUGCUGGAAGAGAUUGCGCUGGACAAGAUGGCCGAUGGCAUGGACGAGGAGGACCUGCUGCAGCAGUCCGAGGAGCUGCACAAUUUCGCCCUGUUCCUCUCCCUCGAAGUGUUCGGCGAGGUGAAUGUGCAAACGGCGAAGCACUAUGGAAAUCUGGGGCGUCUAUACCAAACGAUGAAUCGCUUCGAAGAAGCGGAACGAAUGCACCAAAAGGCGAUCAAAAUCAAGACGGAUCUGCUGGGUGCCUUCGAUUACGAGGUGGGCCUGUCCAUCGGCCAUUUGGCCUCGCUGUACAACUACCAAAUGAAGAAGUACCGCGAUGCCGAGACACUCUACCUGCGCAGCAUUGACAUAAGUCUGCGUCUGUUUGGACACUCGUACUCUGGUCUGGAGUACGAUUACCUGGGUCUGUGUCACGUCUACGAAACGUUGCACGACUUUGAGAAGUAUUUGAAGUAUGCGAACACACUGGAGAACUGGCAGAUGCUGCGUGGCCAAAACUUAACUCAAAAUAAAUCCAGCUACCCCGCCAUUGAGGAGGACUAUUCCAUAGAGGAGGUCAAGAGCAAGUUCGUCAGCAUGUGUACCUGCAAGAACAGUCCAACCCGUUCGGUGCAUGCGCCAUUGGAGUCGAAUUUGAACUGAGAUGGGGCUUUGGGAGUGGGAGCGGAAGUGGAAAUGGUAGCGACGGAUGAAGAAGAGGAAAAGACAGUUGCACCCGCACUAGCAAUCGCAAUCGCACCCACACCCCCGGCGUCGGAUGGCACAAACUGGAGGGCAAACUGCAGCAGGAGCGGCAACGGUGACAGAGGCGGCAACAUCUGCAGUUUGUCUUAGAUAAGAGAUUCGCAUAUGUUAGCCCACGUUGAUUAGACAAAAAAGAAGGAGCAUCAAGGAUCGACCUAUGUGUGUUCUAAAAGGAUUUCUAAGUGUAGUUGAUAGCUUAUCUCUCUCGCUCGGUCGGCACUUAUAAUCAUUACCCCCGCUCUGUUUACUGUAUUUUUUUCUUUGUCAUUUCCAUCGAAUAAGCCCCGCUGCUAUACUAUAUUUGUUAAGUCUUACCGAGUGUGGGUCAAUUCAACAAGCGUUCCGUUGUGUUCCAGCCGUCAUCGAAUACGUCCAGUACCCUUAGAUCCUACAGUUUUCAAGGAUACCCAGUCCUGUUUUUCAGUCAAACUUCACCUAGGCUAAGAUGUAGUAGUAUUGUUAGAGCUUCGGUUACCCGGCUGAAUGGGAGAUCGUUGAGCGAUUUUUUUUUUUUAAAUGUGUUCCCCACGUUUCGGCCCAUGUACAAACGUUUAAUUUUUUAAUGGAUUUUCACCUCUAAUAAUCUACUUUUGUAUUUUUUGUUUGGAAACUUAAAGAGAAGGCCAGUCGCCAGAGAAUAAACAUAGCUUUCGUUUGGCUUUCGAGAGAUGUAGAGAAUAAUAAUGUACUCCAUUUUAUUUUAAUUUCCACGUUUGUUAGAGCGUUUAGAGCACAGAACCACUCGAAGAAAAAUGUUGUAUAGAGCGCAAGGAGUAAGCGUAUUGUACAGUCUAGGCCCAUUUAAAAUGAUAUAAUAUAUAUUACUAAUACGUACACAUGGAACAUGCAUCAAAAGUAUUGCCUCAGCCCCUAAAGUUAAACAAAGCAACUGGAAAGCAUUGGCGAUGGGAAAGCGUUGUAAAUAACUCGGGUUGAAUAAUGCAGCUUCCAGUUAAAAAAGGUUUAUUAUAUAUAAUAAAUAACUAAAUAAAUAAAUAGAUGCCUACCAGUAAAGACAAUUUAUACUAUUAACAUUUGCUACCUAGAGCGAUACUUAUAAACAACAUUGUAGUUGCAAAACUCUUUUUGGCAUAACUUAGCGAUUUAGUUUAAGAGCGACGUCGUAAAUCUCAAAAUAAAAUGCCUGCAAACAUAAAUGUUACACUCUGUAUUUUAACUGCGCUUCUAAUUCGAAGCUAAUAAAUGGGUUUCAAAAAUGA